AUGGACUCGAUGAGAUCGCUCAACACAUCCCUUCCAAGCUCGACAUCAUACUCCCAACCACCCGAGCAACUCCUACAAGCUUUCAAAGCUGCCGCUCUAUCGGUUACCAACCUCUACAAGAGUGCCGCCUCCGACCAGGCCCAAGCGAAACAAGCCGGAUAUCAGGAGGCUAUUGAAGAUCUGUUACAUUUCUUAGAUCGAGAAAACCUUGGGCUGGGUGACGGCGAGGGUUGGAAGGUUCGGCAAUGGGCAACUGAACGGGCUGAGGGAACUUUCGACAGUGAUGAUGACGACAAACAAACACGAAGCUCUCCGCCAGCAGUGCUCCGAAAAGAGCAACGUGAUAAACCACAACAAGAUUCAUCGUCCUCCCCACAGGUUGAAUCUCCUAUCGAACCGCACGCUUCCACGAACCAUGAACAAUCUACAGCUCUCCCGACCGGGGACUCGAGCACACUCAUGCGACCAUCUAUUUUCACUUUUUCUGCUGGACCACAGUUUCCGUCUAUGUCUCCGGACAUGGACACACAAACACCUGAUCAUACGCCCGUGAACUCGGCAUCUUCGGUUGAUACACCAGGCGUUGGCAUUUCAGUCUUGCCACGAAACCCUUGGUCUGCUAAUCGACACAAUAAUUCUACCCGACGAUCGUCUGCUAGAGAUUCUGGCACUUCAUUUGGUAACAAGCGAAAGCACCACGUUCCAGACUUCUUUGACGUUUCCGGUUUAAACGGACGCGAUUUGUUUGGCGGAGGAAAACGAGGGCGAUUUGCAUGA